AAUAUAAAUUUGUAUUAAAACGAAGAAAAGAAUUAUAUAAUGUACUUUGUCCAAUCGAUAGAAAUUUAGAGAAUGAAAGUGAUUGUAUUGAUAAUAAAAUUGAAUUAAGAUUAAAUAAAGGAAAAGAAAAAAUAUUAAAUUUACGUAAAAAAUAUAGAGAAAUCGAUAAUAAAAUUAAAUCAUAUGAAGAA